AUGGAUUCGCAUCUGAGCGGUAUCUGGCCCCUGGUGGGUGGAGUCAGAUUCGGUGCCAUGGCCGGAGAAAAAUGCCCGGAUUGUGCAGCUGUCCUCGAACCAGAGGAAUUUUCCAUCUGUUGCAUGAAACAAGGGACUUUGGCGAGCUGGCUCGGGAACGUCACAACGUGGCCCUCUGACGGAACGGAACGGUUUGGGUCUUCGAUAAAACACCCCGAACCACACGCGAGAAGAAACGAAACCAGGGAAACAGAUCCUCCGUCUCUCCACACGCUUUCUGUUCGAAGGCACCAGCCGGUUCUUCCUGCGCACGGAGGAUUUCUCGGAUUUCAGGGACGGACUCUGCAUCGCGGGCUCGGCGGAUCGUUCCAAGUGGUUCUGGACUACGAUGGCGGGUCGAGCGAACCGGUCCAUUGUAACAAAAUUUUUCUCUAUGGAGCCGAUCAGGACCUUGGGGACGGAGAAAUCUUCAACUAUGCUCUGCACGUCCUCCGACCGUCCCUUGGGCUACAAAUAAUUACAGCCAAGAACUCCUGGGAGCAAGCAUCAUUCCUCUGGAGUACAGAGUGGUUGAGCGCUAUCACUGUCGCUGCUGGCGAAAUCAGCUCUCUUGACAAAGGGAGUCACAAUUUAUGA